UACCCGCCAGCGACCAGCAGUCCAACUCAAUAUUUGUUUGUCCCUCAGCACAGCAACCUCAGGGGCUAGAUAAUCCACUCUUUUUGGAUCUCGUGUACAUCUCUUGCAUUACAUCCUCUUUUAGUUUCAAAUCACUUUCAAGACGCUUAUCCUCGAUUCGGUUAAGAUUCACUUUGUUUGUGCGUUUGUGAGCGGUUGUAACCAAGUCAGGAUGAGCCACACGAUUCUGUUGGUGCAGCCGGGUCAAAAGCCGGACACGCGGACCUAUUCCGACUAUGAAUCCGUCAAUGAGGCCAUGGAGGGCGUGUGUAAGAUCUUCGAGGAGCAUCUCAAGAGCACUAACCCCAAUAUCCCAAGUAUUACCUACGACAUUUCUCAGCUUUUCGACUUCAUCGACCAACUAUCCGACCUGUCAUGCUUGGUGUACCAAAAGUCCUCGAAUACUUAUGCGCCUUACAACAAGGAAUGGAUUAAGGAAAAGAUCUACAUUCUUCUUCGACGACAGGCCUCCAAAUGAAAAGGAUUGCCAUCUCCUUCCGUUUUUUUUUUCGGAGUUUUUUUUUGCGGGCAUGAGGGGGUGGAGUCGUGGGAUGAAUGACCACCGCCUCAUUCGCCGACGAGCACUUCAUUUCAACGUCAUAUUUGGUGUGGACUAACAUAAGUUGAGCAACAAUAAACUUUCGUCAUCUGCAUGAUGAUUGGUUGCACCUUGAAA